AGCAAACUCUUGUGGCUGUUCGACGUAAAAUUUACUUUUACAACAAACUCACGUAAAAUGCUGCGAAAGACCAAGUUAAAAAUAAACAACAAAUGUCGAACCUGCCCGCGAACAGACAACUUUCUAGGAAUAUCGGUGAAUGGCUUUUCCGAAACCCACGAGGAGCCGAUUUAUUUGAUGCUAGUCUACUGCACCCAAAUGCAGUUCUCACCGAACGACGCACUUCCGCAGCGAGUAUGCCCGGACUGUUUGGCGACACUCGACACUGCCUACGGCUUCUGGAAGCAAUGCCGCCAAAGGGAAGCCCAACUCCGUAGAGCAAUAUCGGGCGGAACUCGUACGUCGUUUCCGGAAGAGCUGUCAGAGCCGGAAGAUCAACCCGUUCCAGAAGCUCCGCCAGUGCCUGAAGUAGCACCGGCAGAGACGGCUGCCCCGACUCCCCAGAGCUUCUGGUGCUGCUUCCGCAAGUGUCCCACGGUGACGACGAGCUUGGCCGACAUGGAGCAGCACGCCCAGCAGGAUCAUUUCGCAGAUCGGGUCGCGAACGAGGUACAGCGAGCGCCGAAUCGCGAACACGUUUGUUCCGUGUGCUGUGCCGGAUAUGCGUCGCUCGGCAGCUUGGAGUACCAUCGGAUGAUUCAGCUGGGGAUUCGGUCAAAGUUUGGUGUUAGCGCAGGUGAGACAACUGAGAAACAGCAGGACGGGGAGAAGGAGGAGGAGACGAAGCAGCAGGAAUCGGCAAUGGAUUUUGAAGUGUCGGAUGCGGCAGACGAGCUCGCUACCAACAGUACGAUGCCGUUCGAGAUCGUUCCAAUUAAAGAAGAAUCAUAUAUAAGCGAUGAGCAAGACGAGAGUGUGCAAGAUGCGCUCAAAUGUGAAGCGGAAAAGUUUGAUUGUCCUCACUGCGGAGUGGAGACUCUCUCAGAUGAGGAAAAACAACGCCACCUGGUGUGCGAAUGUCCAAUUCUGCACCAUCAAGAAGGGAGUUCAAAGGUUCAGAGCCUCUCCAAACAAUGUCCCCGUUGUCGAAGGCCCUUCAACACCAGCGAAGGCCUCGAACGACACAUUUCGUUGUGCACGGCAGACAAACCUGACGCAAAACUCACUUGUCCAAACUGUGGCAGCGUGUUCAACGCAAAGGCCAACCUUUCCCGGCACCUUAAGAUCGGGGCCUGCCUUCGUGAUCCGUACCAGUGCAAGUAUUGCUUUGAAAAGUUGCCCGACAUGAAAAGCCUAAACCGGCACUGCAAGGUCGAAUGUCGCGCCAUGCUGAACACGGAACCCAACGGGAUUAAAAUGAAGUGUCACUGCGAGCACUGUGGAAAAGGCUUCCGCACGAAGGCACUGCUGCGCCGGCAUCAAAUCGUUGACGGAUGUGGCGCGGAGGAUCGGAUGGCGAAAACGGUUAAAGACCCGAAAAAGAUCCAGUGUCCUUACUGCUUUGAGCACUUUAUCUUGAAAAACUUGAAGCGCCACUUGCAGCAGCAUUGUCUGGUUCUGUUGGAAAAACAAGUGGAAGCGAAGCGUGCAGCUGCGGCGUUGGCGCAGGACGCGACGAGUGGGACGCGCUAAGGGAGAUCGUUGAAUGGUAUUUAGUUAAAUAAAUGAAUGAGUACUGGA